GGGCACAGGUGGGUGGCACUUCUGGGCACAGGUAGGUGGCACUUCUGGGCACAGGUGGGUGCACUGCUGGGCACAGGUGGGUGCACUGCUGGGCACAGGUGGGUGAUCUGCUGGGCACAGGUGGGCGGAGCUAGUGGGCGCACUGCUGGGCACAAGUGGGCGGAACUUGCGGGUGGCACUGCUGGGCACCGAUCAUCAGGGCACUGAUCAUCAGUGUCCUGAUGAUCGGUGCCGAUCCCCGCUGUGACAACUGCCGGUUCUCGGCAGUACUUUCCUCACGAUCUGACAGCGUGAGGAAAGUGCAGCCAAGAACCGGCAUUUGCAU